GUCAGACACACGAAGGAAUAUUUCAACUCUCAAAUGAUGGUUGGAAAAAGACGAAUUUUUCUGGAAACUUUACGAAAGUUUCUGAACACAGCUUUCAUUUAGAUUGUGUAGAAAGCUCAAGUUAGCAAGUCCAGUACAACAUGCUGAACACCAAACAGAGCAUCUUUCGAGUCAUCACAUCACUGGUGAUGUUUUCUCUCAGUAUUCAAUAUACUUCAGCCAAUGGAUACGUAUCCCUACAGCUCUACGACCAUUAUAACAGAAAGAGUGAGGAUUAUAGCGGUGGCUGUUGCGAUGCAGUCCGUUUUUUUGGUAAAUGUCUGAAUGACUGCGACAAUUUCUUCGAGAUAUGGCUAAAACCGUACCCAGCAUCUUGGUCAGCUUCCACAUGGAAAUCCUGGGAUACUUAUGUGUUGGGUGACGAUGAUUUCGACUUCCCUGGUUAUGGGAGGCUUGUCGGAAGUGGUAUAAGGAAUCCACUGACCUACAUGUUUUCUGGACGAUGGCCUAGGUCAUUUGGCAUCAUAAUAAAGGUAUGGGAUGAUGAUAGUGGUAACUUUCUGGGCAUUGGCAGCAAGAGCGAUCUGGUAGACCAGACUUUAUACAACAUCGUCAAUAUUGAUGCCAAGAAGUCUUCAUCUCCUCCCGUUACUUAUUCCAUAAGUGGACGCCGCUCCACGACAAGGAUUCUCGUCAGAGUUUACUGUGACACGAAUUAUUACGGUACUGACUGUGGUGUCUUGUGUAUACCACGUGAUGAUAACACCAAUGGGCACUAUACAUGUGAUCAGAACAACGGUAACAAGAUCUGCCGUCAAGGAUGGAUGGGACAGAACUGCCUGACAGCGAUCUGCAAGCAGAGAUGUGAUCCAAAUCAUGGCUAUUGCACCAAUGAACCAGGAGCAUGUCGAUGUAGACCUGGAUGGAAAGGAGAACUGUGCUCGACGUGCGCGCUACGUACCAACUGCAAUCCAAACGGAGGAUACUGUGUAAAUGGAAAUGACUGCGUUUGUAGGUCUGACUGGACAGGAGACAACUGCGAAAAAGACUUGAACAAAUGUCGUCACGCACCUUGUCGAAAUGAUGGAACGUGUGUGAACUCUGGUCCAGACCAGUAUACGUGUAACUGUCUUCCUAAGUACACUGGUGUUAACUGUGAAUCAGUGAAGGAUAUGUGUAAAACCAAUCCUUGUGCUAAUGGAGCGACAUGUACUAAUUAUUAUACGUACUAUACAUGUACUUGUGUUCCUGGAUAUACAGGAAAAACCUGCCAAACAGAAAUUAACGAAUGCGAGAACAAUAGAUGUCAGAACAAUGCAACGUGCAAUGAUCUUCUCAACAAGUACACUUGUAGUUGUGCGCCUGGGUUCACUGGUUCCAUGUGUGAGACAAACAUCAAUGAAUGUCAAAGUAACCCAUGUCAGAAUGGCGGCACAUGCAUCGAUGGUAUCGAUAGCUACCAGUGUAGAUGUGUAGAUGGCUAUAAGGGGAACCAAUGUCAAACUAAUAUAGAUGACUGUGAAAAUAAACCCUGUCAAAAUGGAGGUACUUGCAUCGAUGAAGUCAAUAACUUUCGUUGCACAUGUCCUUCUGGAUUCUAUAGCAAAACUUGCACAAAUGCUACUAAUGAGUGUGUUCCAAACCCGUGUAAAAAUGGUGGUAAAUGUCAGGAUUUGCACUUAGAUUACAAUUGCACUUGUCCAUUGGGCUACACAGGAAAAGACUGCCAAAUCAACAUCAAUGAAUGUAAAAACGACUCGUGUGCGCCAACCGGGACGUGUCAAGAUGGAGUGAAUAACUUCACUUGUUCGUGCAAUGUUGGGUUCACGGGAAGACGAUGUGACGUCAACAUCGAUGAAUGCGCUGCAAACCCAUGUCUUCACAAUGCCACUUGUCUUGAUGGUAUUAACUCUUAUUCGUGCAAAUGUGCCCUGGGUUACAGUGGUGUUAACUGUGAAGAAAACAUCGAUGAUUGUGCAGCCGCAACGUGUUUUAACAACGCUACGUGUAUCGAUGGUAUUGCAAACUACACGUGUAAUUGUUCUACGGGUUAUACUGGUCGAUAUUGUAGCGAGAGAAUCGACUACUGCACAAGGAGUAAUCAACCUUGUAAUAAUGGAGGGACAUGUAUCAAUGAACUGGCCCGAUAUCGCUGUUUGUGUCCCGAAGGGUACAAUGGAACCAACUGUCAAAUAACACCCUGUCAUUCAGGACCUUGUCAAAAUAAUGGUUCGUGUUUACAUGCGAAUGUUGCGUCAUUGUACAAGUGUAGCUGCAGAGAAGGCUUCGAGGGCAAGGACUGUGAAAAAAAUAUUGAUGAUUGCGAUCCCAGUAAUAACAUAUGGAACCAAGAGAGUUCAAGCUCCAUUGGACCAUAUGGUUACUGCGGGCAACAUGGCAACUGUAUAGAUCAAGUGGCUUCGUAUAGGUGUGAAUGCCAUCGUGGAUGGAAUGGAUCCAAAUGCGACAUAGAUAUUGAUGAGUGUUCAUCCAACCCUUGUCAGCGUGGUGGUCAGUGUAUUCAGACUAACAACGCCAGCUAUGAGUGCUCAUGUCCCGCGGGAUACACGGGAAGAAACUGCGAAUCAGAAAUUGAUGAAUGUCAGAUUAGUAAUCUUUGUGCUAGUGGAUCGCAAUGUGUAGACAGACUCAACGGUUACGAGUGUAAUUGUACCAAUGGAAAGAAAGGAAUCUACUGCAACUCAACUACUUCAUGGUGUGACCCUCCCCCCUGUCAAAAUGGGAACUGCACAGACACUGGUUCAGCCUUUACUUGCGAAUGCCCUUCUGGUUUCAAAGGACGCUACUGUGAAAUUGACAUCAACGAGUGUGAUAAUGGUGCAUGUGAGAACGGCUCGCUUUCAGCCUGUGUAAACUUUCCUGGGGGAUACCUGUGUAAAUGUAAGCCUGGCUUCAACGGGUCACAAUGUGAUCAAAAUAUCGAUGAUUGCUCGCCAAAUCCUUGUCUAAAUGGAGGUUCUUGUGACGAUGGAGUCUUAUCGUAUACGUGUAGAUGUCAAAAUGGCUUCGAAGGACCAAACUGUGAAAAUGAUAUCAACGAGUGUCUGAGAAGUCCCAACAUAUGUGGUCCAAGUAAAAUAUGCAUAAACAGCAUUGGUUCGUACGCAUGUAUCUGUCGAGAAGGGUAUACUGGUGAUGACUGUUCUACAAAUAUCAAUGAGUGUUCAUCCAAUCCCUGUCUCCAUGGAGGUGUGUGCAAGGACAGUUUAAACGGCUUUACUUGUGAAUGUUGUCCUACUUGGUCAGGGAAAACAUGUGAAAAAUGGAUGGCGCGAUUUGAUCCAUGCGGCUGUAGCGACCACGGUACUUGUGUCUGCAACAUGACAACCGCUGAUAAUUACUGCCAGUGUGACAAGGGAUUUAAAGGGUAUAAAUGUGAGAUCAAUUCCACCGCAGAGGCCAUCGAAAGAGAAAGAGCUGAUAAAGCAAGACAAGAAAAGGAAGCACAAGAAAAGCAAACCAAAACCAUUGCUGUAGCGGUCGUAUUUAGUAUACUUGGUUCCAUCGUUGGAGGACUUAUUGUGUUCUUUGUGGUCAGGAGACGAAGUAAACCAGUCCCAUCAAAGCCAAUAAAAGAUAUUCCAGACAACGUGUUUUACGAAGGUGGACAAAUGAUGUUCAGCAACCCUGCUUACACCAAGGGCGCGGAUGAAGACGGUAUAGUAGACCUCAAUGGACACCUGAGCAGCUGUUGAUACACCACCUCAUCUAUUCCUCUCCACCAUCUCCUUAUAUGGUAGGUCACAUGGUCUACGUAGCAGCCAAUCGAAUGAAGUCUCAGUGUCUAAACGUCAUAAUCAUCAAAAGAUAAAAGCAAAAGAAAUAAGUUAUCAAGGAAAAUAUGAAUAAUUUAAUUCAAAUUGGUAAAUACAGUUAAAGCGGGGAGUAUAAUUAGUUAAUAACGAUGUCAAAUAUAAAAUAAGAAAUUCUUAAAAUAGUGCCGGAUUUGGGUAAAAAAAAGGCAAAAAGCCAUAUGACAUGUACUAAGACUAAGUAUAGCACAUUAUUAAGACGUGUGCAGGAUGAAACGAAGCUUCCUUUAAUCAUUCUAACUAGGUAUGCAUUAUAAAUAUUCUUAUCCAAAAACUCGUUUUUUAUCGGUUGAUGUUAAUCGAUUUACUUUAAAGAGCUCGAGGUUUUCCGGCGUUAAACACCCUUUUUGAAGUAGACCAAUAUGAAUCCCUCUUUGGUUUAAUCUAAUCUAGACUACAAUAGACUGAACAGUAUUGUGCUUAUUAUCACUACGUUAUUAAGAUUAUUCCUGACAUUACUUUUAAUUCUUUUAGUCUAAUCUAAAUAAUACUGUAAUAAUAACUUUGAGAUCUAUUAUUAGAUAUCGUAUAGUCAUCACUAUAAUUAUAUACACACGCGCACAUGCACCGUAUUAUUUCUCAUUCAUGUUUUCAUGCAUAGGCUAAUUAGGCCCCGUCCACACGUAUCCGGAAAUUUUUUUAUCCGCAAAUUAUUUUUUGCGGAUACGAAAAUGUUUUCGUCCACACGCAGCGUAUUCGAAUCGUUUUCACCGUCUACACGUAUCUGUUUUCGUAAAAUUUGCGGAUACGGACACAAAAAUUUGCGGACACGCGUGGACGCAACCCGUAUCCGCAAAAAAUUAUAAAUUUGCGGAUACAAAAAUUUUCGGGUACGUGUGGAUGGGGCCUUAAUCUGAUGCUAUGACACAGGAACUCCAAUUGCAUUUUUAUUUUCAGGCCGCGUUUUAGUGGCUUCAUCGACGCUACACUAUGUAACUUCCCCUACAAAACCACAGGUAACCCGCUCGGUAUUCCGCCGGUAAUUCGUUCACCAAAGCGAAAAUAAGACCAGCUGAGUUAACCUUCAGAACGACCUCAAAGUCAAGCAAUCAGAAUUGAGGAUUCGACAUUGUAUUUUGAUUAGCAUUUCACAUGAUUUUGCCAAGAGAACCCAUGAAAUGCAAAUUAUUUAUUCUUUACAUUGUCGUAAACGCUUGUCGAAAUCAUAGCGGAAUUUCAUUUAGAUUGGCAAGAGAAAUAUAUAUUGUACCCAGCCCCUGCUCGGAAAAUGCUAACCAAAAAUAGUUACCAAUAGUUCCUUUCGAGGAAAGCAGUGAACUCAGCUGGUAAUUUUGAUUAUGCAUUAUUUAAACCAUAGACUUUGGAUAUUAAUUAAUAUCCUAUUAAUUGAUCAUUGAUGAUAAAUAAUUAUUAAUUUUUAGAUAUAAGAAACUUUUUCUUAUAAUAGACAUGGGUGUUGAGAAAACACCUGAAUUGCAAUAGGGGAAGGGGAGGGAAUAGUAUAUUUGCAUCAUCCCGUGGGGGGAAGGGAGAAGCGAUAUUUAAAUGUUCAUUGAUUUGUUGUAAACGUAGAUUUGUAAAAAUAAAAAUAUGAAUUAGAUUUUAAUAAAUUUUUUAUUUCGUUUCA